AUGGGUCUAUCCAAAUCUGGAAUACAUCAGAGAAAGCAUGAGCACGGCUCCGACUGGCGCUGGGCGAGUACCCAUAGCCUGGGUGGGGCUGGAGCAAGCUCUUGUUUGCAUUCCUGCCUUUUUGUAGAGAUCUCGGUCCAAGAGCUGCAGAAAGUGAUCAACUUCCAGGGAUCAGUGACAUUCCAAGAUGUGGCUGUGGACUUCACCCCAGAAGAGUGGCAGCUGCUUGAUUGUUCUCAGAGGAACUUGUAUUGGGAUGUGAUGUUGGAGAACUUUAGAAACCUCAUCUCAGUGGGGUGUCCAGUUACCAAUCCAAAAGUGAUCUUCAAGUUGGAGCAAGGACAAGAGCCAUGGAUGGUGGAAGGAGAGGACCCAUGUUGGAGCUAUCCAGAAGCUGAUUGCAUACUUGUUGAGAAACCAGAGAGACACAAGGAAAACAAAGACAAUUUUUUUAACUCAAUUUCAUUCACAUUCAAUGAAAUUCUGACUAUGGAGAAACUCCACGACUAUAAUAUGAACACAAAUCUUAAUGCUACGAUACAAAAAUCAUAUAAAUGUAAAUCCUAUGGGAAGAGUUUGCAACCUAAUUUAGACUUACUUAAUUAUAAUAGUGGUUAUACUGAAGAAAAUUCAUACGAAUGCAGUGAAUGUGGGAAAGCCUUCAAAAAGAAAUUUCAUUUCAUUAGACAUGAAAAGAAUCAUGCAGAAAUAAAAACCUUUGAAUGCAAUGACUGUGGGAAAGCCUACAGCAGGAAGACACACCUUGAAACUCAUCAGAAAAUUCAUAAUGGAGAGAGACCUUUUGAGUGCAAUGAUUGUGGGAAAGCUUUUAUGCAUAAAUUUCAACUUGUGAUCCACCAGAGACUUCAUACUGGAGAGAAACCUUAUGAAUGCAGGGAGUGUGGGAAAACAUUCACUUGGAGCUCCUCCUUUAGUCAGCAUGUGAAAUCUCAUACACUUGAGAACUCAUUUGAAUGUAAGGAAUGUGGGAAAACCUUCAGGUAUCGUUCAUCCCUUUCUAAACAUUCUAGAUUCCAUACAGGGGAGAAACCCUACCAAUGUAUGGUAUGUGGCAAAGCCUUUGGAAACACAUCGGUGCUUGCUACACAUCAAAGAAUUCAUACGGGAGAGAAACCCUAUGGAUGUAUUAAAUGCGGCAAAGCCUUCAUCAAGAAGUCUCAUCUCCUUAGACAUCAGAUAACUCAUACAGGAGAGAAGCCCUAUGAAUGUAACAGAUGUGGGAAAGCAUUUUCCCAGAGGUCAAAUCUUAUUGUACAUCAGAAAACUCAUAUGUAAUAUUCACUUUAUAAAUAUGAAAGUCUUAAAUAUAAGUUAAGUAUUGUUAAAUAGUAGAGAAUAUAUAAUGAGGUAAAAUCAACAAUGUGAGUGAAUUGGGAA